AUGGCUACUCUUACCACUACAAGACUCGGCGGUAAACUUGCCGGUAAAAAUGUCCUGCUCAUCGGAGGCACAGCAGGCAUAGGACUCGCCGUUGCUAGGGGAGCUCUUCAAGAAGGUGCUCAUAUCACGAUAAGCUCGUCAUCAUCUGACAAGGUCACCAAAUCAGUCGAACAGCUCCGCGCUGAUUUUCCGUCAGACAACGUCAAUCAUAUUCGUGGUUAUAAGGCAGAUCUUUCCAUUAAAGCACAGAUUGAGAGCGCAGUUGACGGACUUCUCAGUUACGCCGCCAAUGGCUCUACCAUCGACCAUAUCGUCUUUACUGCGGGCAAUUCGCUAUCCAUGAAACCUCUUUCCGAAUGCACCGUGGAUGAUUUGGAAGCAUUACUUGUUGUCCGCUUCUAUGGCGCCGUUGCCGUUGCCAAAUACGCCGAAAAAUAUAUGAAAAAGGAAAAGACAUCUUCCAUUACCUUGACCACAGGUGCACAAUCAUACAAGCCCUCGAUUUGGGCUGCGCCGGCGAUUGGCUCUGCCGUGGAAGGUCUCAUGCGAGGCCUGGCUGUGACUUUAGCGCCCAUUCGCGUGAAUACAGUGUCUCCAGGAUUUGUCAAAACAGAUCUUUCAUCAGGAAUGCCACAGGCAGCUAUUGAUAAAUGGGUUGCCGGUACGUUGGUCAAAGAUUGUGGACAUCCCGAAGAGGUUGCGGAGGCAUACUUGUACUUCAUGAAGGAUAACUUUGUCACUGGCACGGAGCUCGCCACGAACGGGGGCGCUUACUUGGCCUAG